GUUUCCUAUCCGGAGCAAAUCAGGUGCAUCGCAGUCUCCCUUCUCGGAGCAGGACUUUGAAGCAGUUCCAAUUGGUCUUUAGCCAGAAAGUACCAGAAGAAGGAGAAGGUUCUUUGGCAUUGUCAGAGGCUUCCUUGAAUCCAAGAUGGAUGAGGAAGACUCAGCUUGCCUCAAAGCAGGAAAAGGGCCUGGUCCCACCACAACUGGAAGCAUUGGGGAAUUCUGGGAAAGAACAGUGCAGAGAAUUCUGGGAGAAGAGAUGCUCCGUUCAGAUGUACAGAGCCAGCCUUUCCGGCAAUUCUGUUACCAGGAGGCUGAGGGGCCCAGAGAGGUUUGCAGCCGACUCCACAAUCUCUGCAUUCAGUGGCUGAAACCGGAGAAGCACACCAAAACCCAGAUGCUGGACCUGGUGAUCCUGGAGCAGUUCCUGGCCAUCCUGCCCUCGGAGAUUGGGAGCUGGGUGAGAGAAUGUGGAGCAGAGACCAGUUCCCAGGCAGUGGCCCUGGCAGAAGGCUUCCUCCUGAGCCAGGCAGAGGACAAGAAGCAGGCAGAGCUGCAGGUGCAUGGCCUGUUUGCAGAAUUGGGCACUGAUUUCCCUGAGGCAGAGAAGGGUCCAUCAGACAGUAAACACAGUCAUGGGCGAGGGAGAAUCACGCGAGAGUUUGAUGGAGGAGCCACCAUGCAGGGUGAAUGGAUGAUGCCAGCAAUACAUAUUCAGCCACCUCUUCUUCAUGGCGGAGGGGAAACAGCUGCCUUGUACCUGGAUCAGGUACAGUGGAGAGAAAAGGGUCUGGUGACCUUUGAGGAGGUGGCUGUGUCUUUCACGGAGGAGGAGUGGGGCCAUUUGGAUCCUGAUCAGAAAUCUCUAUAUAGGACAGUCAUGGAGGAGAAUUCUGGGAUCAUGGCCUUUCUUGAAGGUGGUGAAUGGGAAGCAGAGACGGAGGAAGACCCAAAUGAGGAGCCAUCAGAAAGAGACGGAUGUAAACUGUUGGAUGAGGAGAGAAUAAAAACUGAAGCAAGUCUGGAGAUGAAUAACUCCUUUGCUUUUCAGGACAGUUACUACUAUGAAACCACAGUCCAAGAAAGUAGAGAUGAACAGAAGGAAACAAGUCAGUGUUCUGUGUUUAGGACAAGCUUUGAUGCUGAAUCAACCCUUAACAGCCAUUCUAAAAUCCACACAGAGGAGAAAUCAUUUAAAUGCUUGGAGUGUGCAAACAGAUUCAGUUUUGGAACGUGCCUCACUUCCCAUCAAAGAAUUCACGCAGGAGAGAAACCAUAUGAAUGCUUGGAGUGUGGAAAGAGCUUCUAUGUGAUCACAAGUCUUAGUUGUGUGAGUAGAAAUCUCAGUAAACAUCAUAGAAUCCACACAGGGGAGAGACCUUAUAAAUGUUCAGAGUGUGGAAAGAGUUUCAGUUUGAGGGGAAGCCUCAGCAGACAUCAAACAACUCACACAGGGGAAAAACCAUAUAAAUGCUUGGAAUGUGGAAAGAGCUUUAGCAGAAGGACACACCUCACUGAUCAUCAUAGAAUUCACACAGGGGAGAAGCCAUAUAAAUGUGUAGAGUGUGGAAGGAGCUUCACUCAGAACACACACCUCACUUCUCAUCAAAAAAUUCACACAGGAGAGAAACCAUAUGAAUGUACAGACUGUGGACGGAGCUUCACUUUGAGUUCAAGCCUCAGUAGACAUCAAAGAACUCACAUGGGUGAGAAACGAUAUAAAUGUGCAGAGUGUGGUAAAAGCUUCAGUCAGAAGAUACACCUUACUUAUCAUGAAAGAAUUCACACCGGGGAGAAGCCCAAUAAAUACCUGGAGUGUGGAGAAAGCUGUCAUAAUUCAACCCUUAAAACACAUCUGAGAAUUUCUACAGGAGAGAAACCAUGUGAAUGUUCUGAGUGUGGAAAUAGCUUCUGUUUGAGCACAAGCCUCACUUCUCAUCAAAUCAUACACACAAGCAGAAAUGAUUUGAAUGCUUGUAGUGUGGAAAGAGCUUUAGUGUGAUCGCAAGCCUCACUUGUCAUCAUCAAAGAAUUCACAUGGGAGAAACCAUAUAAAUGUGCAGAGUGUGGAAAGAGCUUCAGUUCAGGCUGAAACCUGAGAAAGCAUCAAAGAACUCGGAGGAGAAACCGUAUAAAUGCUUGGAGUGCGGAAAAAGCUUAAGUGUAAGCCUCUGCCAAAAUCAAAGAACUUACGUGGGAGAAAUGAUAUAAUGCUUUGAGUGUUGAAGUUUCCAUAUGAAUAUAAACCCGAUUUCGCGUCAAAGAAUUAAUAUGAGAUAAACUGUAUAAUUGCCUGGAAUGUGGAACGAGUUUCAGUGAGAAGAUCAAUGUCACUUCUCACCAAAUAACUCACACAGAAAAGAACCCAUAGAAGUCCUUUGUAGUGAGGUUCAGACAGAAUGCAUCCCAUAUUUCACACUGGGGAAGCCCACUUGGAAGAAUGCAUUUAAAGGACUGACUACAUGCACAUACAAACCUUCCCUUCCAUAAGAUUGGACUCUGAACAAUGUUGAAUUUAAUUACUCCUAAUAUUUUUGAAUACCUGAAAGAUAAAUGGAUUGUUUAGAAAUUGUUAA